GGUGUACUCUAUUGCGCGCUAGCCGUGCAAACGUACUUAAGGCUCCCACUAAUAAUCUACUCUAUAAUCCUUUCACCUACUUCCACUCUUCAAGAUGCUCUGGCUCGCGUACGGCCUUGCUCUCCUUCCAACUUGUCUUGCUGUGUCUAUAUCGCGUCUUAAUCACGUCGCUCGCUCGCAUGCAAAUGGUACCAUUGGUAUCAGGUCUCCUACGCCAGUGGGACCUGUCGCCAACCUCACAAUAUCAGACGCGGUGGUGUCCCCCGACGGCUUUACCCGUUUGGCUACUGUCGUAAAUGGAGGCACUCCAGGGCCAUUGAUCCAGGCACAAAAGGGCGACAACUUUAGCAUCAACGUAAUAAACAACCUUACCAACCCGACCAUGGCCGAAGUCACUAGUGUACACUGGCACGGAAUCUUCCAGCAUGGAUCUCAAUGGGCAGACGGCACUUCCUUCGUUACUCAAUGCCCAAUCGUCCCUGAUGAUUCAUUCACGCAUAACUUCAACGCCCAGGGGCAGGCGGGAACGUACUGGUAUCAUUCACACUACGCUGUGCAGUACUGCGAUGGUCUGAGAGGGCCGAUCGUCAUAUACGACCCCGAGGAUCCCUACGCUGACAUGUACGACGUCGACGAUGAAACCACGGUAAUCACCCUUGCAGACUGGUAUCACAUCCCAGCCCCAAUUCUCAACAACAUCUAUGGUCCUGUCUACCCCAAUUCGACGCUCAUCAACGGAAGGGGACGCUACCCUGGCGGUCCAGCUGUCAACCUCUCCGUCAUUGAAGUCGAGCAGGGCAAGUCGUAUCGCUUCCGCAUCCUCGGCAUGCAGUGCAACCCUUUCUAUAAUUUCACCAUCGCGGGACACAAGAUGACUGUCAUCGAGACCGACGGAAUCCUGAUAGAGCCCGUUGAGGUUGACUCGAUCAUGGUCUUCGCCGCGCAGCGGUACUCCGUAAUAGUGAAAGCCGAUCAACCUGUCGAUAACUACUGGAUCCGUGUGCCGUCGAACAUGCCCAAUCAGACGUUCGAGGGUGGGCAAAACUCGGCGAUCUUGCGCUACAAGGGCGCACCAGAUGCGGAGCCGACAAACUCCACCGUUGUGCCUAGUACUCCCUUACUCAACAGCGACAUCCAUCCACUGAUCAACCCCGGCGCUCCCGGUGUUCCUGAGAUCGGCAAGGCAGAUGUGAACAUCAACUUUGACCUCGGAAUGGCGAACAACCUGUACACAAUGAACAACGUCACUUUCAAUAACCCUGGUGUCCCUGUCCUGCUCCAGAUCCUCAACGGCGCGAUACAUCCAUCGGAGUUGAUGCCGAAAGGCUCCGUGUACGAACUUCCGCGGAACAAGGUGAUAGAGCUGAGCAUACCAUACAACGGCGCAGCCUUGGGGUCCCCUCAUCCUAUGCAUCUUCAUGGGCAUAACUUCGACGUGAUACGCUCACCAGGCAAUAGCACGCCCAAUUUCGUGAACCCACCGCGACGGGACACCGUAUCAAUCGGAAACAGCCCCGGUGACAACGUGACCAUUCGCUUCGUGACAGAUAACAGUGGUCCUUGGUUCUUCCACUGCCACAUCGACUGGCAUCUGAACCACGGAUUCGCCGUUGUGAUGGCCGAAAACCCAUCUGCCACAGCUGCUCACCGCGAGAGCGUGCCGGAGGCUUAUGACGAACUCUGUCCCGCCUACAAUACCUUCAACUCGGCUAACCCUGGCUUGCACGACAAGCGAUCUCUCAGAAUCAUGUAAACCGCACAGCUGUCUCCAAUAUCUUACUCACUUACAAAAACCAUAAUCUGGUACACCGUGACUCAAUCACUUGUCCACAUAACUAUUCCACACUCAUUGCUUCUGCAACCCUCUGCAUUUACUGUAGCCCCUUUUCC